AUGGCUAGCCCGGCAUGUCCCUACCCCAGCUGCAAGUUCCUUACUCUGCAACAACUACUUUCGUUGCAAAUCGUUACUCGGGUUAUUGCAUCCGUUUCAUUGUUUACCUGUCUCAUUGUGAUUGUAACCUAUACCUCUAGCACCCGUUUCCACAACCCGCUGAAUCGGCUGAUCUUCUAUGCGACGUGGGGCAACCUUCUCGCCCACACGGGAGAAUUGGUGGCAGAGUCAGGGCCCAAGGCUGGGGUCACUAGCCCACUAUGCAAGUUCCAAGCUUUUUUCAUCCAAUGGUGUGCUAUGAAGCCGGAUCUUCUCCUAUUUUGCCUAGGGUUUACGGCGUCUGAUGCUCUCUGGAAUCUAUGCAUAGCGAUUAAUGUAUACCUGGUUCUAUUUGGACCAUAUUCCAUUCCUGAAUUACGGAAAUUUGAAUGGAUGUACUUUCUUUUCUGUUAUGGAUUUGAAUUUAUUCCCGCAGUUGUAUUCUUUUUUAUUAAGACAAAGUCCAGAGGGAGAGUCUAUGGGGAUGCAACUCUAUGGUGCUGGAUCAGCGAUCCAUGGGGCAUUCUUCGCCUCAGCGUAUAUUUCGGUCCUAUCUGGCUGGCCUUUAUCAUCACCUUUUCAAUUUACAUUGCCGCCGGCAUAAAGAUCUACCGUCUUGAAAGAGGACUUAGACGGCUUACUGCGUACAGUCAACCCGCCCUAGAUGCUACGGAAUUCCACUCCUCAGAUGGGCAACCUUCUAGAGACUGGCAAAUAAACACCAGCCAGACGAAUUCUGUCAACCAUGUGGCCAAUAUGUCUAGGGAGCAACAGCCAGGUGAAAUCCAGCCAGCCCGCCAGCAAUCACAAUCAUCUCCAAGCCAGACCUCUUCGAUCGUUUCCGCUUACUGCCUGAGUAGUGCAGCUGAAGGCGAACCUGGGCCGAGCAGACAGAUGGUCACUCGUGAGCCUUCUGAAGCCGCAUCUCAGCAAGAAAAUAUUGAAGAAGACUUUGAGGAUCCGGGCCCGCUACCCGAGGAGGCUGAGAUGAGGCGCUCUGAUACAGUUGGGACUAUCACUGACCUUGAAAGACAAUCGAGUGGGCAGGGGACGGGUGCAGAGAAGACUGUUACUCGAAGAACUUUUUCUGAGGGUAAUGCAGCUGCAGCGUACACCAAACUAGCAAGUUUAUAUUUUCUCUCUUUACUUGUUACAUGGGUAAGGCUACCUCCUAUAUUAUUUUCUCAAGACUAA